AUGGCACCAACCAUCGUGUUUGAUGCUUUGGGCACUCUACUAUCAUUCGACGGACCAGCAAAUCAACUCUUCAAGCUAUUCCCUAGCUUGGGUCCUGACGGAUUUUCAAGAUACUUCCCAUUUGUGCUUCGAGAUUACAUGGCCAGUUCAUAUUCUGGUGAUUACAGGCCACUGUCUCACUUCUUCAGACACUGCUUGCCACGAUUCCUCAUAACUCAAGGCCUACCAGUCGACGACGAAGCCAAGGAGAAUAUCGAAAGUUUCAUGAGAUUUUUUGCAAGAGGAAUGGAACCAGUUGAAGGCGCUCAAGAAGCACUCGAGCUCUUGAUUUCAAAGGGCUGGCUUGUAUCAAUUGUGACAAAUGGUGGACGCUCAACGGUCGAAAAUGCUCUCAAGAAUGGAAGCAUCUUGCAGCAUUUUGAUUCAGGCAAGGCUAUAUUGUCGUGUGAGGAGAUUGGUGCGGCAAAAACUGAUCCAAGAGUGUAUCAAGCCAUCAAAAUACAUCUAAAAAAGACGUAUCAACUUGAGGAGAAUGAACCGUUCUGGUUUGUGGCCGGUCAUGCUUGGGAUUGCCAAGCAGCACGAAAUUGUGGGUUUCUGACGGCUUUCUGUGAAGCUUACGAGGAGCCGAUCUGGAAUGAUGCUUGGUCUCCACCGCAAGUGCUUGCCACUGAAGAUGCCAUCGGCGUAGGCCUUUUGGGUGCUGUGCAAGCUGCCAUUGCUGUCGAAGAGUCAAAAACUAUAAAGUAA